AGAUUUUAACUGUCAAGUAAAGAAUUGCAUGGCGCUCGCAUUCCGAACGUUGUCCACUUUUUCAUAAUUCUUUGGAUAUCUUCAAAGCACAUUUCCAAGAUCUGCUUUUCAGUAACAGUUCCAGGACUAAUGAAGUAGCCCAAGGACUGGUCAUCGCCGUUGGCUUGUUAGCAAGGCACCAUGGAGUUUACCUCCACGUACCCUUUCGCUGAAGCCUACUCCCAGGACAACGGCUCCUUAUUUGGCCCUUACCCAGACCUGGGCCUGUUCAACGACAGCGCCAACGGCUCGUGCCUCUUCAACGUCACCGGCUGCGUCCCGGCGACCCCGCGCGACCCCAUCUCCAGCAUGGUCAUCCCGCUCAUCUACCUGGUGGUGUGCGUCAUCGGCCUGGGCGGCAACACGCUGGUCAUCCACAUCGUGCUGCACUACUCCAAGACCGAGACGGUCACCAACAUCUACAUCCUGAACCUGGCCAUCGCCGACGAGCUCUUCAUGCUGGGCCUGCCCUUCCUGGCCGUCCAGAGCGCGCUCCACGCCUGGCCGUUCGGCUCGCUCAUGUGCCGCCUGGUGAUGACGGUGGACUGCAUCAACCAGUUCACCAGCACCUUCUGCCUGAUGGUGAUGAGCAUCGACCGCUACCUGGCCGUGGUGCACCCCAUCCGCUCGGCCAAGUGGCGGCGGCCGCAGGUGGCCAAGGUGGUCAACGCCACCGUGUGGCUGCUCUCCUUCGCCGUGAUGCUGCCGGUGCUGGUGUUCGCCGGCGUGCGCAACAACCACUGCAACAUCUUCUGGCCGGAGCCGCGGGAGGUGUGGGGCACGGCCUUCAUCAUCUUCACCUCCACCGUGGGCUUCUUCCUGCCGCUGGUGGUCAUCAGCCUGUGCUACCUGCUCAUCGUGGUCAAGAUCCGCAGCUCGGGCAAGAAGGUGCACGCCACGUCCACCAAGCGGCGCAAGUCCGAGCGCAAGGUGACGCGCAUGGUGAUCAUCGUGGUGGCCGUCUUCGUGUUCUGCUGGUUCCCCUUCUACGCGCUCAACAUCCUCAACGUGACGAUCACCAUGCCCCAGGAGCCCAAGGGCCUCUUCUACUUCCUGGUUCUGCUGGCGUACACCAACAGCUGCGCCAACCCCAUCAUCUACGGCUUCAUGUCGGAGAACUUCAAGCGGGGCUUCCGCAAGGCGCUGUGCCGCUCGUCGCGCCGCGUGGACAACCACGACCUGGCCGACGGCGGCGGGGGCGGGCAGCGAGGCGGGCGGCAGCGGGCGGAGGAGAGCGGCGAGCCGCAGGACGAAGAGCUGCAGCAGCUGCAGCAGCAGAGGCGCCACGUGCUCAUGCCCCGCGAGAGCCUGCGGCGGGUGGUGCGGCGCGGCGGAGGAGACGACGAGGACGACGACGACGACGACGAGCAGGAGGAGGUGACGGAGAUGACGGAGAUCUGCAAGGUCACGCAGAACGGGAACGGGAACGGGAACGUCAGCCGGCAGCAGGCCGAGAGCUCGUGCGCGCUGCUCUCCGACAAGGUGGCAGCCUCGGAGGUGCAGGAGCGUAUCUCCCCCGACGGGAGGGGGGCGGCGGUGGUGGGAGACUGCCUGGGGAAAGCCCCAGGCUUCGGGCCUCCAGGGACCGUGCCGCCCUUACUUAAUGGAGCUAAAAACGGAAGUGUCAAGCCGUUGCCAGAGGAACCGGUGGAGAAGAAUCCUCUGCUGGAGAUCAGCUAUUUGUAGUGUGAUAUCAUUGUUACUGGCUCUUACUUGAAAGAGAUUCACAGUAUUAUUGAUUUCACUCCUCAGCAGACUUGCUCAGAGCAUUUUUGUUUUUCAGUGAUAGCGGAACAAAACUUAUCUUAUUUCAAAAGGUCAGUGUUCAUGUCAAGAUAUUUGUUGCGUGGCAGACUGAUCUCUCUUGGAGGCAAUUACUCACUGCCUGACCCUCGAAUAUACAGCAUACAUCCAACUGUGACCCUUUGUGACUUUACAAGACAAAUGAACAGAUGACGAGUACAUACACAUCACGCAUACACAGGGAGGACAAAAUGCAACCAUUAUGUGUACAGCGACUGCAUGUGCCUUUAUCUAGAUUUGGCGUGGGGAUGUUUAACUUAUCUCUAGCUGUCAGUCUCCCAUAAUUGAGCAUUGCGGUGUUCUCAGGUAUAUCGAUUUUAGACCCCAGGGGUUUAUUUGGUUGUCGAGAUCCCAGUGUGAAUCCAAAACUAAGUGCUCGUAAUCGCUCUUACAGCCCACAUAAGCAUUUCCUCAACAAAAGAUGAGCAACCAAACCAAGCAUGGAAAUGAUCAAUGCGAACCAUUUUCUUAACAAAAGACUAGCCCCCCCAAAAAACACAUUUUAAAGGCGGUUCUACCAAAUGCCGCAGAGAUGGUAUGAAAUCUCUCCGACACUCACGAAUAAAUUUGUCAUCGUCAUAAAUUUGCCUUCUCCCUCCAUUCGUGCCCGAAAGCGGUGAGAGCGAGCUCCGCGAUCCUCCGCAUUGCCUUUAAUCAGCCUAAAUGAGGUGCAGCUGCACCUUGUUGACGCACGGCGAGUGUUUACCGGUCGCCACCACUUAAUGGCUGAUAUU